ACUUUGUACCAGCUCCUGUGUUCCACGUGAUUUUUCUGCUCGAGUUCCCGAUUGUCAGUUUAAAAGUUAUGAAAGUCACCGUUCGCCGACACGCCUGUUGCGAAAGCAGUCAGCCACCCUCCCCUAAAGUCAAGAAUCUGCAAACCUCUGUGAUAUAACGUAAACCCCAGCACCCAGUCGUUUGGUAACACCGCUGUGGCCGCAGGAAUCGUCACGCCCAUAAACGCGCACCAUGCCGGCCGACAAAGUUCCUGACACCCCAGUGGAAGUCCUUGUGGAUCUUCUAACAAAAGCCAAAGAGAUAUCUGCAACAAGUAGUAAUGUGACUGAAGAGUUGAGAAGUCACUUGCAGAAGGCUGUGGACAUUGCAAGCGGCCUGGAUAACUACCUGGAGAAAAUGACCACACGGGAAAGUGAACCUCUGGCAGAGCUUUACAAAAAGACAAUUUGUCAUGACUGGAAUCAAGUGCACAAGGAGGGCAAAACCACAUUCCUGCUUCCUAAGGAGUGCAUCACUGGUCAUGUAGAAGGCCAGACCCUGAAGAUGCUGAUCCACAUGAGUCAAGCUAAGAGGGUCCUAGAGAUUGGGAUGUUCACUGGCUAUGGCGCACUGUCCAUGGCUGAAGGGCUACCUGAAGAUGGUUGUUUAAUUGCUUGCGAGCUGGAGCCAUAUCUCAAAGACUUUGCUCAGCCCAUUUUUGACAAGUCUCCACAUGGCAAGAAAAUUACUGUUAAGACUGGAUCUGCUAUGAACACGCUGAAGGAAUUGGCUGCUGCAGGUGAGCAGUUUGAUAUGGUGUUCAUUGAUGCUGACAAGAACAAUUACAUCAAUUACUACAACUUCAUUCUGGAUAACAAUCUGCUGAGAAUGCAAGGGGUCAUAUGUGUUGAUAACUCGCUGUUCAAAGCCAAGGUUUAUCUUAAACACACCACAGACAACAAUGGACUGGCACUUAGAGAAUUCAAUCAAUUUGUCUCAGAUGAUCCACGCGUUGAGCAGGUCAUUAUCCCUCUCAGAGAUGGCAUCAGUGUUAUCCGCCGGGUACCUCUGACCCCUGAGUGUUCAGUGGCACAGAAUAAAAUAGCAGAUGAUGAAGUUUUCCGCGGAGUGAACGGGCGUCCCAUCCUUGAUCGUAUGCGUCUUGAUGGAAAGGUGGCCUAUGUGACAGGUUCUGGGCAGGGCAUAGGCCGAGCAUUUGCUCAUGCCCUGGGUGAGGCUGGUGCGAAGGUGGCCGUAGUAGACAUGGACCAAGAAAAAGCUGAGGCAGUGGCUAAAGAGCUCUUUCUUAAAGGCAUCAAUGCCAUUGCGAUCACAGCUGACAUAAGCAAAUCAGAUGAUGUCCAGAGGAUGAUUGACAGCAUCAUCUCCAAAUGGGGGGCCAUCCACAUUGCCUGCAACAAUGCCGGCAUCAACAUGAACUCAGCCAGUGAAGACACCAGUCUAGAGGAGUGGGACCAAACCUUUAAUGUCAACCUGAGGGGGACUUUCAUGUGUUGUCAGGCGGCAGGUCGAGUGAUGUUGAAGCAAGGAUACGGCAAGAUUAUCAACACAGCCUCCAUGGCCAGUCUAAUAGUCCCCCAUCCCCAGAAGCAACUUUCCUACAACACGUCCAAGGCUGGAGUGGUCAAACUGACUCAGACUCUGGGCACUGAAUGGAUUGAUAGAGGAGUGCGGGUCAACUGCAUCUCACCGGGGAUUGUUGACACCCCUCUCAUCCACUCGGAGAGUCUGAGGCCUCUGGUGCAGCGCUGGCUGUCAGAUAUCCCUGCUGGUAGACUGGCUCAAGUGACAGACCUGCAAGCUGCAGUGGUCUACUUGGCAUCUGACGCCUCCGACUACAUGACAGGGCAUAACUUAGUCAUAGAGGGUGGGCAAAGUCUGUGGUAGAGGGAGUAGAUGAAGAGAUGAAAACUUUUUUUUUCCCUCUUCACUCUCCUGGGAUUAGUCUCCAUAGUAGGUGGCAUUCACAUUAUUCCCUUUUGACACAUUCACUGCAGUGUUAGUUGAAGUCUUACUGGAUGUUUAACUUUUGGUCAGUUAACAUCUGUUAUGUGGUGUGAUGAGAUGACUGGUAGUUUUUUUGUCCUCUGUGUGUCCCACACAGUUUCAGGUUGCUGUCAUGUGUGUUAUGACUGCAGGACACUGAACAUUUUAGUGGAAGAAAAACGCUGUAUCAUGUUAAACACUAAAACGAGGCAUAGCAGCUGCCAAUCUUCUUGUAACACAGUGGAAAUUUGUGAACAUGUCUGAGAAAAUCCAGUAAAGUAAAGGAAAACUGUUACUACUGUGUGCCUUCAAGCAAAUGACGAUUUUGUUACAAUUCAUGCUGUAUGUUCUCUUGACUUUAUUUGAUACAUCGAAUGCUGUUGAAGACAGUUUUAACAAAUGUGACCAAUAAAAGCCACUGAAAGACA